AUGUCCCUCACGUCGCUCCUCGCCCCCUUCACGCUCCCGCUAGCAUCCCUCUUCGCAAUCCCUUUCCUAUCUAGCACCUCCACAUCUCUCAAUCUUUUGUUCUUCUCUCUGACAUGGACCACCCUCGCUCUCUCCUACUCGCCGCUGCAGCUCGAGUUCUUCGCGCCACUAUUCCUGCGCACUGUGCUGUACCUCCUCCCCGCUGCGCUUUUCCUUUUGCUCGAUCUGGCAGUGCCCAGCUUGAUGGUCGAGUUCAAAGCGCAGCGUGAGUGGGGGCUGCCGGGACGUCAGAAAGGUGGCGCGAGAAAGGUGAGAAGGGUGGUUGCAUGGAGUGUGUUGAACGUAGUGUUGGCAGUGGGCUUACAGGCCGGUGUUGAAUGGUGAGUCCUUUUUCUCAUAUCUCUACUUUCUUUUUCUCGAUAGAACAUACCGUUUAUCUCACCAUGCUUUCUUUUUUGGGGUCCAAGUCUGUCAGCUCCAUCACAAUCCACAAGAUGUGUGGAAAUGAGGGUGAUAAACUGGGGGAGUGUAGAAAACUGUGUCUGUGUGUGUUGGUUGGAU